GAAGAGACAGAGAGUUAAAUAAGUUAAUGCCCAACGACGAUGUAUCGUGAACAGACCAAACGACGACGUAGUGAAUACAAUCGUAAUCGUAUUCGUAUUCGUGAAUGGGUCAAACGCCGUCGUUCAGAAACUUAGUUUAAACGAUGCCGUGUUUCUAAUAGACCAAAAACGACAGCGUAUUAUUUUAUUUUUUCUAAUUUCCCAUUAAUGUUGGAAUGCUCGCGUGACAGAGCAGUGACGAUGGAGGACGAGCAAGACGCGCAUCAUCGCCGGCAGAUCUGCGACAACUGCGAUCGCCCAAAUGCGAUUUGUCUCUGCCACGUCUUACCAGCGGAUCUAAUUCCGACGAAUACAGAAAUCAUCAUCCUCCACCAUCCACACGAGUCACGCCACAAGCUCAACACCACUCCUCUCCUUACCAAAUCCUUACUAAACGUCACCAGAAUCCCCGCCCGCCGUCUCCUCCGCCGUCACAUCUCCACCGCCGGAGGAACCGCACUCCCAGCACCGCCAACAAUCUACCUCUUCCCUUCUUCUCCUUCCUCUCCCGCCGUCACUAUAUCCGAAUUCAAAUCCCUAAACCUCUUAAACCAUCGUGAGAUCUCAAAUCCCCCGCCGCUGAGACUAAUCGUAUUCGACGCGACGUGGAAACACGCGAAGGAGAUGGUCAAAGCUAGCGAGGUGGUGUUAAGAGAAGCAGGAGCGGUUAGAGUGUGUUUGGAUACGGAAAUAGACGCAUCAGUGAGUGGAGGAACCAUCUACGAUUCAGAGCUUGUGCUAAGGAAGGAACCAUUCGGAGGAUGUGUAACUACGGCGGAGGCUGUGGCACGGUGCUUAGGAGCUAUUGAACCUGACGGUGAAGAAAUAGAGAGGAAGCUGAUUAGUGUUUUGAAAGAGAUGGUUAGAUUUCAAUCUAAGUACUUGAAGCCUAUGAAACCAAGACCUAAGUUAUUGAAGAAGAGAUUUCAGAAUCAGCAACCACUUGAACAAGAAGAAGAAUGAGUUAAAUCCUGAAGUUUAGCAAAAAAAAAUUGCUCUAUGACAUUAGUCCAUUGUAUUAAUUUGUUCUUCUAUAUCAAUAAUUAGUUAAUUUACAAAAUAUCAAAUAAUUCUGUGAUUUCUCAAAUUUAUUCACGUUUUCUUGCGAAUUUGGAGUAGACAAAUCAAUCAAUAUAUUUGUGUGUGUGGAACAG